GCAUAUUAAUUUGGAAAUAAAUUUUCGCAAUUCAUACUGGGUUAAUGUGGUUGCCUACCCUACAUUUUGACAGCCUUAUUUUUGUGGUUAUGUUAUAUAUAAACAAAAACGCUAAAAAAUUCCAAAUUUUAUGUUUUUUCCUUCAAAAUGAUGUCUGAUGAAUCGGAAAACGAUGGUAUAUUUGAGGACAACAAUGAACAUGAUGUGUACUAUAAAAAAUAUAAGUUGUUACUUGAAGAAUGUGCAGAGAUCCAAAAGGCGAAUGAAAUUCUUGUGUUCAGGAUACAAGAAGUGAAUAAAAUAGUUAAGAAAAGACACAAAGAAGUACAAUUCUUCAAAAAAAGGUUGUUGCAACACUACGGUGAAGAUUGGUCUGUGAUUCCGAAUACUGAUUUGGUCAAAGAAGAACCACACGGUAGUAAAUCCAACGUUGUGGUGAAAACUGAGAAGAUAAAGGAAGAGAAAUUCGAUGAUUACGAAGAGAAACCGGAGAAAACGAGAAACAGAAGACCGGUAAAACGUAAAACAUUGAAAACUGAAAAAGACCCAAACGCUCCUAAGAGGCCUUCCAAUCCCUUUUUUCAAUUUUGCCAAGAGCAGAGGCCGAUUCUGAUGGAGGAGUUGAAUUCGAACCUGAAGCCUGGCGAAGUUGAACCUUCAAAACAGGAAUUGACGAGGCAACUGGCUGUGAGGUGGAAAACUUUGUCUGUUAAUGAUAAGAGGGUUUAUGUGGAUAUGUAUGAAAAAUCUAAAGAAAAAUAUGCUGCUGAAAUGUCUGAGUACAAAAUGAAGAACUGAUGUGAAUUGAAUACAAAGACUCUUGAAUAGAAGAAAUGUUAUAAUUUGAGUACAAUAAAAUGUUGACCUUUUAUUUGGAAGAGGUAGAUAAUUAUGCAGAAGAGAGCUUAUCAGUUUGUUGAUAAGAGUUGAUAAAAGAGAAUAUUCUAUUGUUUCUAGUCGAUAUUUCCAUGCAUUAUUGAUUCAAGAUUUCUAUUUAUUAUCUCUAGUAGAGGGGCAUAUUGUCUUGAGUCUUUCCUGAAUAAUGGUUUAUAAAAAAAGGCUUGAAUAGAAGAGUUCUGAAUACUCAAAAGAUUUAUUUCUUUAUUUUCAUAUGUUUCUAAGAAAUUGUUUAUGAGCAUACUGUAUAUAAAAACUUCUGUUAAGUUCAUAGGUCUGUGCAUUAGAUGAUCAUUUAUUACGUCAUCGUCUGUGUCAUAUAAGAUAAUAUUCAAUUUGUGGAUAAACACGGAUUUCAAUAAUA